AUGAAGGGUUUCGCUUUUGUUUUGUUGUGCGUGCUCGUCGCCGUGCAGGGUCGCCACACUGGCGUCGAGAAGGCUGGUAGCGCUGCCGCCCUGGGUGAAAAACCCUGGUUUGUGCACCUCCGCAUCGCCGUCUCCACCAGUGGCCUCCUGAACACCUGCGCUGGAUCCCUCAUCGGAAACAGAUGGGUGCUCACCGCUGCCAGCUGCAUCUCUGAUGCUCGUUUCAUCUGGGUCCGCUACGGCGUCGUCGACGUGAUCAGGCCUUCCCUGGUGACUGAGAACUCCCUGACUGUCAUCCACCCUGAGUACGACCCCGUCUCUGGCAAGAACAACGUCGCCCUCAUCAACAUCAACAGAGAGGUCGUCAGCACUGAGAACAUCUCUCCCAUCUCCCUGUCCGGAGUUGACGCCGAAUCUGGAUCCUUCUGCGCCUUCGGAGCUAGUGACGGCAAGCCUGGUGAACAGCUGAACUGCUACGACGCCGCCAUCUCUCAGGAUGAGGAUGGUCUCAGUGUUUCUGGCGACUUCGAGGUUUCUGAAUUCGACCUUGGAGCCCCAGUUGUGAGCGAAGGUGCUCAGGUCGCUCUUCUCACCGGAUCUGCUGGUUCCUUCACCGAGGUCGGCAGCUACAUCGACUGGAUCCAGAGGUCGACUGGUGUCAGCUUCAACUCUGAAGCUGUCGCUGCUGAAGCCGUCCACUUCGUCUAA